AUGAUGCCCAUGCAUUUUUCGUAUCCAAAUCAACAUUUGUAUAGACCAGCUAUGUUUCCGAAUUAUGCUAUUAAUUAUAGUCCUUAUUAUCCAUCAUUUUAUCCGAAUUCCGAUGGUCUAUUACCUACACCACCACGACAAUUAAUGGUACAUCCAUUAGAAAAAAAUCUUCGAGAUUGUAAAGUUAAUUUACCAAAUAAUUCAUUUAUUAAAUUUUCUAACGAGAAUAAUAAUAUUGAUUCGAAUAAUUUUUUGACAUUUAUUGAACAAAAAACCAAACCAAUAUCAGAAUUAAAUCCUUUUGCUAAUGAAUUUUCUGUUGUAAAAAAUAAUAAUAAUAAUAAUAAUCAAAUUAUAACUGCAAAUAAAGAAAAUAAUUCAUCAUAUAAAUUAAUCUAUGAUGAUUUAAUUGAACAAAGUCUUCAAUAUAUUGAAACGAUGAAAAAAGCAUCAAAAACAGUUUCUGUGAAUGAUGUUUCCACACAAUAUGAUCAAUUCAUUGAUCAGAUCAAUCGUUCAACACAAACCCAUGAUGAUAAUGCUCAAUACACUCUACUUAAAGAAUAUAGUUUACAUACAGUUAAAUUAAUGAAUAGAAUACUUGCGGAUUUUAAAUAUUUAUUAUUAGUAGCUAAUGAAAAUAAUUUACGUUAUCAAUUAAAAGAUACAAAUCAUUUAUGUAAUGAACUUCAACAUUUAAUAUUAAUUAUGAAUCAAAUAAUAACAUCAUCUAAUAAAUCAUCUAUAAAUAAAGAUAAUAUGAUGGACGAAGAGUUUACCAUUCAAUCAUCACCGAUUAUGUUUGAUGUUGGAAGGCAAAUGCAUCGAUUGAUUUCAUCAUCAUCGAUAAGUCAUUCAUCAACACCAACGUUUUCUUCUUCUCCACGACAAAUUGAUCCGAUAACAAUAGUUCGAUCAAAAGUAUCAACAUCAUAUUUUUAA